AUGGCGGCAGUCGUUGCUGGCGGUCUCGCCGCAGCAGCCUAUCUCGAUGCUCGCUACUUGAUCAGGCAUGACUUAUCAUCCGAUUCUCCAACAAGGGCUAGACAAAGAUCACUUGACUUCAUCUCCAAAAGGUUUCAGCAGGGAAAGCCGCUAGUCUAUCACCUCAUUGAAGACCACGCCCUUGGACCCAACGCAGACAAUCUCUUUCUCAUCUUCGAAAACAGGGCUUUUUCUUACAAGCAGUUCUUUCACGACAUCCAGCGCGUGGCCAACUGGCUGAUGAAGGAUCUUGGCAUCAAACGGCAUGAGAUUGUGGCGCUUGAUGGCGAGAAUAGCCCGGAAUAUCUUUUGAUAUGGUUUGGGCUCGAGGCGAUUGGAGCCUGUCCGUCGUUCAUCAACUACAAUCUGACUGCCGCAGCCCUUGUCCACUGUGUCAGGCUGUGCGAUGCAAGAUUUCUUUUGGCUGCGCGUGCCCAGCAGAAACUAGUGCAGCCGUGUGAAGAAGAGUUGGGUUCUCACGGCACGCAAACUCUCUACUACGAUAUCGAAUUCAUCGCCUCUCUUCAAGAGACUACUGCGAUCCCCAAUGAGAGAUGGCAAGGCCUGAAACCCGAGGACCUUUCUUCAUUGAUCUACACAUCCGGAACGACGGGUAUGCCGAAAGGGACUAUUAAACAACGCGGCCGCGAGAUCAACGUUGCCAGGACUAUCGCGCAGUACCUGAAACUGGAACCAAGGAACAGAAUGUACACAGCUCUGCCACUUUAUCACGGAGCAGCCCAUGGGUUGUGCGUCACCCCUUCCAUCUUCGCUGGUUCGACAGUAGUGUUGAGUCGAAAGUUCAGCCAUAAAACAUUCUGGCCAGAGGUGCGAAAGUCCAAAGCCGACACCAUCCAGUACGUUGGAGAAGUAUGCCGAUACCUCAUCAACGCUCCGGCAAGCCCUUUAGACAAGCAACACUGUGUAACCAGGGCGUGGGGUAACGGUAUGCGACCGGGUGUCUGGGAGCCUUUUCGUCAACGCUUCGGUAUUGAAACAAUAAACGAAUUGUACGCCUCAACAGACAGCUUAGGCCUAUGUUUUAAUGCUAAUAGAGGCGAAUUUGGUCGAAACGCCGUUGGAAUUCGGGGUUUGUGCUGGCGUUGGAUGAACAACGAUGCCGAAAAGCGUGUCAAGAUCGAUGUUACUACCGAAGAACUCCUGCGGGACAAGAAUGGAUUCGCCAUUGAGUGUAAGACUGGCGAGGCCGGCGAGGCAAUCCACCGACUCGACCCUGCCAAUCCGGGGGCAGCAUUUCCUGGUUAUUAUAAAAAUCCACAAGCGACGGAAAAGAAGAUGAUCAAAGAUGUCUUCAAGAGAGGCGAUCUAUGGCUCAGGUCCGGAGACCUCAUGCGUCAAGAUUCCGAGGGUCGUCUUUACUUCGUCGACCGUCUGGGCGACACUUUCCGCUGGAAGAGCGAGAACGUCAGUACCAACGAAGUUGGCGAUGUCCUCGGCGCCUUCGACCAAGUUGCCGAGAUAAGCGUCUACGGCAUCCAAGUUCCCAACGCUGAUGGCAGAGCCGGGUGUGCCGCUAUCCUCCCUGCGGCUGGGGUGUCUGUGUCCAAUUUCGAUUUCGCGGGCCUGACCAAGCAUGCCAUCUCAGCGCUUCCUCGCUAUGCGGUGCCUCUCUUUCUUCGCUUUGUCUCGCAACUAGACUACACGGGCACUAUGAAAGUCCAAAAAGGCAGACUUCGUGCCGAAGGCGUGGAUCCCGACAAAGUCAGCCACCCCGACCGCCAGUCAGCAGACGUCAUAUAUUGGCUCCCGCCGGGUGCGACUCAGUAUAUACCGUUUACGCAGGAAAAUUGGAGGAGUUUGAAAGCCGGGCGCGUGCGACUGUAA